CCAACAACCCUGUAUUCCAACGCGUGCGUUCUGUCUCUCUCUCUCUCUCGCUCGCUCUCCGACGACUGGUGGACCGCCGCCCUAAGCCAGGUGCUGAGGCUUUCGUUGGUCUCUUCGCCGGCGACGAGCACCCACCAGGCUGGGAAACUUCGCUGACAUAUCCACCUGCACCACAGUAGUUCAGUAGAGCAGCCGUCUGAACCCACAGGCCGGUGAUGGCAACUGCUCCUGUGACAUCCUCCGCUACCGCGAACUCUGCUUGCAUGCGGUUGCCUAGCAUGCCCCUGAGGCUUGCACCGGCCACCAUCUCCUUCCCCUCUCGUUCAUGGUCAGCCGCACUAACCUCAUGCACUGGAUUGUUGCGGCGCUCUGACGUGGUUGCCGCCGCAGGGCACCAGAAGUUGAUGGGAUCUUUGACCAGCAACGAGGGCCUCAGGUUUGGGGUGGUUGUGGCACGGUUCAACGAGGUUGUGACAAACUUGUUACUGCAGGGUGCCCUUGAAACUUUUGAGCGAUACUCUGUUAAAGCAGAAAAUAUAACAGUUGUUAUUGUUCCUGGAAGCUUUGAAGUUCCUAUAACAGCACAAAAGCUUGGGAAAUCUGGAAAAUUUGAUGCGAUUCUGUGCAUUGGAGCUGUGAUUAGAGGUGACACAACCCAUUAUGAUGCUGUUGCAAACUCAGCUGCAUCAGGUGUACUCAAUGCUGGAUUAUCUGCUGGUGUUCCUUGUGUAUUUGGUGUUCUAACGUGUGAAGACAUGGAUCAGGCGCUAAACCGUGCUGGUGGCAAGGCUGGAAACAAGGGUGCUGAAGCUGCUCUUACUGCCAUUGAGAUGGCCUCUCUGUUCCGGCAUCACUUAGGCUGACACUUGUGUAUUCUGUACACGAGGCGACAGCAUUUCUUCCUGUCAGAGUUUUGGCUUAGUAGUGACUAGUGAGUUUUUCAGCCGUGGGCUAGUAUAUAUAAUUAAUAUAUAACUAUUUCGAAUUCAGUUGGUUCGGUGCCGAAUGGUUGUUUUCUUUCUAUAAGGUUUGAUUUGAAAAGCCCACGAAACAUAUAUUUGUAAACCUGACACCAUGAAUAAUUGUCACGAAGAAUGAAGUAUGGUCAUGAAUAAAGUUGCACUCGUGUUUGUAA